AGGGCAGGAUGGCGCUGGGGACAGGGCUGCUGUUGGCCCUGGUGCUGGGGCUGGUGGCUGGUGCUCCACAGGGCGUCUCUGGACAGGAUGCAGAGUCCAGCAGCUGUAUCCAGCUGAAGGACAAGGCCAUCUUCUUCCAGGGCCAGCCGGGGAUACCAGGCGUGCCGGGCACCAACGGUGUGCCAGGGACCAGAGGAGAACCCGGGUCCCAGGGGCCCGCAGGUGAGCCAGGCCCCAUGGGCCCCCCAGGGAAGGCUGGCCCGAAAGGAGAUAAAGGGGAUGCAUGCAGUCUGCCGGCCCCUGACAGCUGUUCCCAGACAGCAGCCAGGAACUGCAAGGAGCUGCUGGAGCAGGGGGAUGCGCUGAGCGGGUGGUACACCAUCCAGCCCCAGCCGGGGAGAAGGCUGACCGUCUUCUGUGACAUGGAAACCGAUGGCGGAGGCUGGCUGGUCUUCCAGAGGCGCCAGGAUGGGUCAGUGGACUUCUACCGGGGCUGGCAGUCCUACAAGAGGGGCUUUGGGAACCACGCAUCCGAGUUCUGGCUGGGCAACGACAACAUCCAUUUCCUCACUAGCACCGACACGCACCACCUGCGCAUUGACGCCAGGGACUUCAACGACAGCGCCACGUUUGCCACAUAUACCAGCUUCAAAAUCCUGAGCGAGCAGGAAAAGUACGCCCUCGCCCUGGGCUCCUUCCUCGACGGCAACAUGGGAGACUCCUUGAGCGGACACAACAAGCUGCCGUUCUCCACGAUGGACAAAGACAACGACAACUUUGAGAACAGCUGCUCCAUCCUCUACAAAGGCGCCUGGUGGUACGGGAAGUGCCACUCCUCCAACCUCAAUGGGCUCUAUCUCAAGGGGCAGCACAGCACCUUUGCCAAUGGGAUCAAUUGGUCCGCGGGGAAGGGCUACCACUACUCCUACAAGUACGUGGACAUGAAAAUCAGGCCCCAGUAGGCAGAGCCUCUGGGUUGGGAGCUGCCUCUCUCCCAAUGGCAGGGUGGACGCCCGGCUGGCAAACGCCCCCUCUGCUAUUAGGAGAGGCCAGCUAGGCAGCAGCCUGCACUUUGGUCUUGUCCCCAGAUCCUGGUGCAGACUGAUGCAUCUCUCCCCCUCCACUCCCAAGUUGGGAGUCUCCCCUGCCCACAUCCAGCACCCUACCUGGUGCAGCAAAAGCCCCCCUAGCUCCCAUUGCAGUCUCCUUAGCCCUGGCUCCCCUGCUGUAGGGCUCGGAGUUGCAACUCCUGGGGUCUGUUCCCACCAACUUGCUCAGUGACCCCCUUCUCCGUGCCUCAGUCUCCCCAGCUGUAAUGUGCAGGUGAUACCAUCCUGGGUCAGACCUGACUAGAGUCCAAGAAGAGGCUAUGGAAAUGCAAAGUCUGACUGUGCUAACAAAUGCCUAACAAGUG